AUGGCGGACGUGGUUGCGGAGCAGGUUGCGGACCAGAAACCAGUCCCGGACCGGGAGCAGAACGGGGAGGCAGAGGACAGAGAAGAGGCAGACCCCGUGGAGGAGACAGCGAAGAAGAAGAAGAAAAAGAAGAAGAAGAACAAGUCUGCAACAGCAGGUGAGGCUGACGGGGCCAGUUUAGAGCUAACAUGCUAGCAGAGCUACUGAGAGUUAUAGGAGCUGCAUCAAGUUAGCCGCAUUGACUUUAGACAGACUCGGUAUGAAGGGGAAGUUACUUUCAAAAUAAAAGUCCACAAGCCCACUGGUGGAGAGGUCUCUUCACUGCAAUACAGAAAAAGUAGCAGGGAUUAUAAAGAUGUCAUUCUGUUAAAUGGGAUUUGAAGGGGGAGCUCAAAAUAAGAGAUAUUUUUAAUGCAAUUCUGAAUUAAAACAGACUAAAGCUAUGGGGGUUAUCAAGGACAAUUUCACAAAUAUUGAACGACCAUGUAAUAUAAAUUACAUUAAAUGCCAAAAACCCAUAUACAAGAAUCAUUUGUUAAAUUAAAUUUGAACAAAAAAAUUGUAAGAUGUCACUGUCCUUCAAUUUCUUUUGCCCAUAUACUUAAACAUUACGCAUAACACGAUGAUUUUACCACUUAACACAUCAUAAAACGAAAAUAUAAUCCCUGAAAUCUGCGAAAUAAAAAAUAAAAAUUCUGCGAUGUUUUUUGUGCUUCAUGUUUUUUUGCAUGUUGCAUUUAGCGGAAUGUUAAUAGAAGUUUGUAAAAUAUUUUCACUACUUCACUGAAAUAUAUAUAUUUUGGUAAGAUUGGUAAAAUUUACAAAAGCUGCAGUUAAUCCUGUACUUCAAUUUGGUUGUCAAAAAAGAAAUUAUCCACCAACUAAACGAUAUUUGCAGUUUGAACAGAAGUAUGGCGCUUCUUUCUUAUGCGGCCUUUAUUUUGAAAGUCGUACCGGAAGCAUGUUACUUUAUCGGGUGUGUCUUAACACUGAUCCUCAUUAGCCAUGCGGGUUAUGAGCAGUGUGGACGGAGUAGCUGUCAGGCCUUAUGAAACACGCCGGGCUUUGGUCAGAUCCACAUCUAGGAGCGGUGUCAUGAACCGCAACUGCUGUAAUCUGAAAUUUACACUUUAGUCCGAACAAAAACACAACAACACGGUGAGCUAGCUGCUCCUCUGACUGACUGUUUUUCUUGCUGACUGAGUUGACCCUCAGCCAAGUUUUCCUGUUUCGUAAUUCUCCCCUCUACUGGAGAUAUUAUAUAAGAAAUGAAGAACACCAGACGAGGAUUUCUCUCUGAAUUACCAUGACAGUAAUAUUACAAAGCCAUGGGCGCUUUUAUCAGUGAAAGCCCUCAGUAGAAUCCAUUUUACUGAGGGACAAACUAGCUGCAAAUAUAUACAAGCAAUAGCAGGUCCUCCUUAGACUUACUGAUAUCCCUGCAACAUAAACAAGGCAGGAAAAGUGGUUAAAUUUAAUAUCUAUUUGCCUGUUUGAGGGAAGUGUUGUUGAAUUGUACUAAUUUUACCUUUCAUUAUGUCAGUCUGAGACACCCACAGGACAGAUUUGCAUGAUUUACUGCUAAAAAUAACUAUCUAGAAAACACAUCUCCUAUCUGAGUGGGGUCUGGAACUUCAGUAUGGACGUCCAACACCUGUAUGAGGGUCACUCACCUGUUUUUCGCUCUUACGAGACCGCUUUAUUUGUUUGUUUUCCGCCGUCACCCUCUGCUGCUUCUGCUGACUCAGCAGACCUCGACAGCUGCCGCUACCUGUUGGUGUUUUACUGUUUGUCGAGUUUCUAUUCUCGUUGUAAAUGGUGUUCUUCUUGUCGCUUGCAGUUACUGAGGCGGAGGCUGAUGGGGUGCCUGAAGUGACCAAACAGCUGGAGAAGCAGGCGAUAGAAGACAAAGAGAAAGAGGAGGAUGGAGAGGAAGGUGGUUGUCUUUUUAACAUUAUCAUUGCGUUCAGAUUUCGUUGAUGUUGAAUAUUACAGGCAGAGUGUGUGUGACAGCGGUGUCUUUUACUCACUCAGAUGGAGACGAUGGAGAAAACUCGGCAGGGAAAAAGAAGAAGAAGAAAAAGAAGAAGAAAGGACGUGAGUUGUGCACAUUUAAAUCUUAGAGGAUGGCUUCACAUCAGACUGCAAUGCUGUGAUUAUCGACACUGUAAAAAGCAGCAUUCGUCCUCAGCUGAAGGUUGACUGUGUCGUCUCAGUUGUCCUGAUCCAACCCUUCGUAGUAAGACAUCUGUUCCUCAGUCUGAUCUCCUUUCUCUCUCUCUCUUCCUCUUCUCCAGCCAAAUCUCAGACUGAUCCCCCAUCUGUGCCCAUCUGUGAGUUACACCCAAGUGGAGUGUUCCCUAUCGGACAGGAGUGUGAAUACCCCACAGUUCAGGAUGGGUAAGAGAAGCGCACACACACACAAACCUUCUCUUGUAUUUUUGCAGCUCGUUCACAUGACAGCUCAUUAAUCCUUUUAGGAAUAAAACCGCUUCUGCCUCCCUGGAGGCUGAAGUACUUUCUUUUAUUCAGUGUUUUAUUGUUUUCUUUUAUUUGUAGCUUGUACCAUUUAUGGACUCCAUCGUUUCGGCUGUUGGCCCUUUUUUAUCCCACAGUUUUUCUUUUUUAUUCUGUGUGAAGCAUUUGGUGAUUUCUGCCUCGCAGCUUUUUUACAACCCCAGUUCUAAAAGGGUAGUGAUGCUGUUUGAGAUGUUGAAACAGGAUUUGAUUCACCGAUAUGUGCAGGUGAAGCUCAAAAACCAAGAGUAUCCAUAAUACAAGUCAACAAGUGAGACUUUGUAUUUGAUAAAUUUAGAAUUUAUCAGACUUUUUGAUUUAAAUUAUAGGAAAAAUUGACUUUUUUGGACUUGUAUUUUUACUUGUAAGCUACCAGGGAUGCUGGCUUGGAAACUGCGCUGAUAACAAGCUGGGUGCUGCCUUUCUCCUGAAGAGUGGAGAGCAUGGUGUCCAUGAUUUCCAAAAAGAAUGUCAAAGUUUGAUUUUUCAGACCACAAGAAAGUUUUGGUUUGGUUUGUAGAUGCUCUCCAGGUGUUGUAUAUGAUAAAAAUCCCCAAAUUCUUAGCAUUUAUAUGGAAUAUAAUCCUGAAACCUUUGAACUAUUUGUUUGCACAGUCUCUCACAGAAGAAUGAGGUUCAUUAAGACGCUUUAUAGCAUUUCACAACUUUUUCCAGUGUUUUUUUUUAUUGUUUUUGGAGUGUGUUGCUGCGUUUAAAAUGAGUAUACAUUUCUCACAAAGUUGAAUUUAGCUGAAUUUCACAUGCUCUUAGUUCAUUUUUUCAAGUUUAAAUGUGUCUAUAUAGGCAUGAAAACCACUCACAGGUCUAAGAGUAAAUAAAACACAUCAUGAAACCUAUCAAACUUUACAGAUGGACACAGUUUUCGUAUUUAACAGCAGUAAAGUUUGUGACUUUUGCUGUUUGUGUAGAUGAACUCAUUGACCCUGAUCAGCUGAUUGUAGCCUGCAGAUCAGUCAGGACUGUAAUGUUUUUAGUGAGUUGUAAAACCAGUUCCUGCUCUCAGUUUAAACAUAUUUAACUGUCAUCAAUGACAGUCAACAUGCUAAGCUGGUCAUACUACACCAAAUUCUUAACCUGCAGCCCAGAAAGUUAACAAUGUUACUGUUUUGUUCUUUCAGUCGCAGCGCAGUGUGGCGCACCACCAUCGAGGAGAGACGGGUGAUGGAUAAAGCCAAUGAGGAGGUGUGGAACGACUUUAGACAGGCAGCAGAGGCCCACAGACAGGUCCGCCAGCACGUCCGCGGCUUCUUGAAACCCGGCAUGACCAUGAUUGAAAUCUGGUGAGGCUGCCUUCGUCACCGCCAGAUAUCACAGUGAUGCUCCUUCAAGCUGUUCUAGUGCAGAAUGUUCCUGUGAAAAAGGCACUGAUUUCCUCUCUGGAAAGUAUUUUAGUUUCUCUCUAAUCUUGUUUAUUAUCGUUUAUUCCUUGUCCCUCUACACAGCGAGCGGCUGGAGGACUGCUCCCGUAAACUGAUAAAGGAGGACAAGCUGAACGCCGGUCUGGCCUUCCCCACCGGCUGCUCCCUCAACCAUUGUGCUGCCCACUACACUCCCAACGCCGGAGACACCACCGUCCUGCAGUAUGACGAUGUCUGCAAGAUCGACUUCGGCACGCACAUCAACGGUACAGCAGGAAUAAAAAUCUCCAACUCCCCAUGAAAGAGUGUUGAAUUUUGUCUUUUGAAGAAAAGAUGUGCCUCUCUGAUUGUCAGCUGCUGGUGGUCUGACCUGAGUCAAACCGUAUCAGCGCCCAAACUGAGCCGCUUAAACCCAUCAGCUGAAAGAUGCUCUGCUCUGUGUUUGUUUUCAGGGCGAAUCAUUGACUGUGCCUUCACUGUCACAUUUAAUCCAAAGUACGACAAGCUGCUGGAGGCUGUGAAAGACGCCACCAAUACCGGAAUCAAAGUACGGCACACACACGCACUCAGACAGUUUACCUCUUGGGUGUUUUAUCCUUGUGGUUUCUGAAGUCAAUAAUCCCAUUUGUUUGUUGCAGAAUGCAGGUAUUGAUGUGCGUCUGUGUGAUGUUGGAGAAGCAAUUCAAGAGGUGAUGGAGUCCUACGAGGUCGAACUUGAUGGCAAAACGUACCAGAGUAAUUCAUCAUAAUUUCUGACACGAUCAUUUACAUAUUAAUUUCAUAUUGUCAGAAAAAUUUCAUGAACUUUUUGCAUGUCUGAAGGUGUUGAUGACAGUUUAUCAGAUGAUUUAUGAUUUGAGGUAGCAUAAAGUUGAGAUGCGGACAACCAGCCUUGUUGCGCCUCUUCUUUGAGACUGAUUUCUUCUGUUCCAGUGAAGCCAAUCCGAAACCUGAACGGUCACUCGAUCGGUCAGUACAGAAUACAUGCAGGCAAGACCGUGCCUAUCGUUAAAGGAGGAGAAGCAACAAAGAUGGAGGUGAGUUAAUCACGUCCACCAUCAUUCUGGAUGAAUCUUACUCCUCCCUCACAGUGUAGAAAUGUGAAUGUUUGACAACUUAAUGCUCAGAUUUUUGCACUUUUUCUUUUGUCUAAAGGAAGGAGAAGUUUAUGCCAUUGAGACGUUCGGCAGCACAGGUAAAGGUGUGGUCCAUGAUGAUAUGGAGUGCUCUCACUACAUGAAAAACUUUGAUGUCGGCCACGUCCCAAUCAGGUCAGUUUGUGACUGUAAUCUCUGCUCAUAAACCCUGAUAGUGUUGUUGAAAGUGUGCUAAAAAUGCUCACCAAAAGUUAUAAAACAAGGAGACUUUUGGUCUAACAUAUCAGAUAUUAUAUCAAUCUUACUCCCCAGACUUCCCAGAGCAAAACAUCUCCUCAACGUCAUCAACGAGAACUUUGGCACGUUGGCAUUCUGCCGCCGCUGGCUGGACCGUCUGGGUGAGAGCAAGUACCUGAUGGCCUUGAAGAACCUGUGCGACCUGGGCAUUGUGGACCCAUACCCUCCCCUCUGCGACACCAAGGGCUGCUACACGGCUCAGUUCGAGCACACCAUCCUGCUCAGGCCCACCUGCAAGGAGGUGGUGAGCCGUGGAGACGACUACUGA